UGGGGUGUAGAGGGAGCUGGCCUUGUCCAUCAAAAUCCGCUCCACCCCACCGCAUCCCCCAAACACUUACACACUACUCGUGUCGGCUGGAAGCUUGACCUGUCCCUCGCCGCACUCUCCUGAGAGAUAGAACGCAAAAUGGAAGGGCCAACGAGGAGAAAAUAAACUCUGGGAAAAUUCUUCUGCUGACGACUCUGAUGGGCCAUCAGCCCCAAUCUAGGUGAUCGUGGCGUUAUCCAGCUCAACCUGCUGCCUGGUCCGACCUUGUACCCCGUGCAAUGGCACUGACCUUCGUACGGCGUGAUUUCCAAACACCCAGACCAAAGCCUCCUCUCCGACGUGAUUGGAAUAUUCCUCAAAAGAGAGGCACCCUGCCGAAGCUUUUCACCCUGCAGCCGUCGGGACAAAUGCAAGAACGCCAAAUUUCAAAGGUGGCGAAGAAUUUCGGCUUCGGUUGCUGUGACUGUUUGAGAUUUGGCAUUCUUGCGUUUGUCCUGACGCGUGCGAGAUGAAAAGCUUCGGCGGGGGUGCCGAUCGUUUGGGCAGCGUCCGAGCUCUGUCCAGCCCAGCAGGCAACGCGAUGGCCGAUCACGGAGACCAAAGAAACCCGCCUGUGCGAUGCGACUGCUACCUCGGUGUGGAACGGGCCCAGCUCCCUCUCCCUCAAUCCGCCCAGAGAGAGAGAGAGAGAGGCGGCCACCUCCGCACCAGCCCCGCAGCCCAGCUCCAGAAGUCCGUUGCAACGAGAAAAGGAGCCACCUAACUCGGCGGCCUGGUCCUUAGCGCUUGCCGAGAUGUGGUGAGCGGCGGCCGAAGGCAGACCGAUGACUCUCGCCCUCACCCACACCCGGGGGCUCCGAGGCACAGCUGUGACUGGGCUGCCUGCCUGCCACAAGGGGUUGACCAGUCAGAGGGUGAGCAAUUGGCUGACACCUGUGUGCGCUAGUCAUGAGAGGCAGAGUCUUCUCUAUAUUGAUCUCCUCUCUCUCUCUCUCUCUCUUUCCCUCCCCAGACUCAAUCUCACUUUCUCUUUCCACCCCCUCCGCCUGUCUAUUUCUUUAGCCGCCUCAGUCUCUCUCUGCCUACCUCCGCUCCAUUCAGGGAGCAUUACCAUUCGGAGAUGUGUCCUGUGCCUUAUUCUGGAAACCUGCUAUCAACGCAGUUUUUUGAACUGUAUUUGCCGCCUCUCUGCCCAACCUGCACUGUCACACAAGCGUCUGUUUGGCAGGGUUCCCCCUCGCGUUUUUCUGACCUCCCUCGGUUUGCAGGGAAAAAGCGGGUGAGCGGGACGAGGUGAGUUCCUCUUUCAGGGCGCUGGCACCGACACAGUGGCCCCCAACAGCCACCUUCUAGGCCGUAACCACUCGUGAUUUGUACCAUGAGCUGAUUUUGUUAUUAUUCCCCUUUAAAUCACCAUGUCCUGCACCCCCACCAUCUUAAGCAUCAGGACAAAGACUCUGUAAUCUGCAGCGCACCCCGUUUGCCCCUGCUCUCCUCUUUUCUCUUUGCUCUUCGUUCAUCCCUCUAUCCACGGUGUCACUUUAUCCUGGGUGUUGUUGGCUUCAGAAGGCUGCUGGUGGCCCUUUAUCGAAAGCUCAGCCCAGGCACGAAGCAGAACAAGUUGCUUUGGGCGUUCAGCAAUGGUCCUGAUGGAGAGAGAGCGACUCCAAUUUCCCAUCCUGGCCUUCCACCCAAUCCAUCCAGACCAACGUCAUCGACGCUUUCCAUCUCACCAGCCACUACAGACUCUUCUUGAUUAAAUGUGGAGGGACAGAUGGAGAAAUGUUUUCUGUGUUAUCUCUUAUCUAUUCAUCUCUCCUUUCCCCACCCUCAAGAUUUUCUGGUUUCUUUUUUUCAAUUCCCCGUUCUGUCUUUCCGUCUUUGCUCUUCUAUUUUUGAACUGGCUGUGUCUCUGUCUGUCUCUCUAUAUCUCUCUCUCACACACACAUUCAUUCUCUCUUUUCUCUCAUCUUGACCUUCACGCACAGCCUGUGUUUCUCUCUCUCUCUCUCUCUCUCUCACUCAUUCGGUCUCUUUCAACUUGUUCCUUGCGCACAGCCUGUGUUUCUCUCUCUCUCUCGGUCUGUUUCUCUCAACUUGUUCCUCGCUCACAGCCUGUGUUUCUCUCUCUCUCUCUCUCUCUCACUCGGUCUGUUUCUCUCAACUUGUUCCUCAUGCACAGCCUGUGUUUCUCUCUCUCUCUCACUCGGUCUGUUUCUCUCAACUUGUUCCUCGCACACAGCCUGUGUUUCUCUCUCUGUCUCUCUCUCUCUCUCUCUCACUCUUUCAGCCUCUUUCUCUCAAAUUGUUCCUCAUGCACAGCCUGUGUUUCUCUCUCACUCUUUCAGCCUCUUUCAACUUGUUCCUCGCGCACAGCCUAUGUUUCUCUCUCUCUCUCACUCUUUCAGCCUCUUUCUCUCAACUUGUUCCUUGCACUCAGCCUGUGUUUCUCUCUCUCUCUCUCUCUCUCUCUCUCUCUCACUCGGUCUGUUUCUCUCAACUUGUUCCUCGCACACAGCCUGUGCUUCUCUCUCUCUCUCUCUCUCUCUCUCACUCGGUCUGUUUCUCUCAACUUGUUCCUCGCACACAGCCUGUGUUUCUCUCUCUCUCUCUCUCACUCGGUCUGUUUCUCUCAAAUUGUUCCUCGUGCACAGCCUGUGUUUCUCUCUCUCUCUCGGUCUGUUUCUCUCAACUUGUUCCUCGCACACAGCCUGUGUUUCUCUCUCUCUCUCCCUCUCUUGGUCUCUUUCUCUCACCUUGUUCCUCGCACACAGCCUGUGUUUCUCUCUAUCUCUCUAUCUCUCUCUCAUUCAGUCUCUUUCUCUCAACUUGUUCCUCACGCACAGCCUGUGUUUCUCUCUAUCUCUCUCUCAUUCAGUCUCUUUCUCUCAACUUGUUCCUCGCGCACAGCCUGUGUUUCUCUCUCUCUCUUUCAGUCUCUUUCUCUCAACUUGUUCCUCGCGCACAGCCUGUGUUUCUCUCUAUCUCUCUCAUUCAGUCUCUUUCUCUCAACUUGUUCCUCGCGCACAGCCUGUGUUUCUCUCUAUCUCUCUCUCAUUCAGUCUCUUUCUCUCAACUUGUUCCUCGCACACAGCCUGUGUUUCUCUCUAUCUCUCUCUCUUUCAGUCUCUUUCUCUCAACUUGUUCCUCGCGCACAGCCUGUGUUUCUCUCUAUCUCUCUCUCAUUCAGUCUCUUUCUCUCAACUUGUUCCUCGCACACAGCCUGUGUUUCUCUCUAUCUCUCUCUCUUUCAGUCUCUUUCUCUCAACUUGUUCCUCGCGCACAGCCUGUGUUUCUCUCUAUCUCUCUCAUUCAGUCUCUUUCUCUCAACUUGUUCCUCGCGCACAGCCUGUGUUUCUCUCUAUCUCUCUCUCAUUCAGUCUCUUUCUCUCAACUUGUUCCUCGCGCACAGCCUGUGUUUCUCUCUCUCUCUCUGUCUCGGUCUGUUUCUCUCAACUUGUUCCUCGCGCACAGCAUGUGUUUCUCUCUCUCUCAUUCAGUCUCUUUCUCUCAACUUGUUCCUCGCGCACAGCCUGUGUAUCUGUCUGUGUCUCUUACUCUCUAUAUCUUGCGCUCUGUUUCACCCAUUCUCUUGCACAAAGUCUGUCUACCUCUCUUGUACUCCCAGCCUGUCUGGGGUGAAAAUGCUCGUUCAGUACAUUUAGUACUAAGUUUAAACUUGAAAACUGACGAAUGAUUUGAUGUUUAUGAAUAAAUGUUUACUGAAAAUACCA